CUUGCGAGUGUUCUUCAAGAGCGAUGGCAGAGAGGUUUUCAUGGUACUGCGCAAUGCUGGUGACGCUGAUGCUCAUGCUGAGUUCCUGCGAGCUAUUAACCAGCACAAGUAUUAUUAUUGAUCAUCAUCAUCAGAACUACAAGAGGGGGUGUGAUGAAAUAUACGUGGUUCGUGAGGGAGAGACGCUGCAAACAAUUGGUGAGAAAUGCGGAGACCCUUAUAUUGUUGAAGAGAACCCGCAUAUUCAUGACCCUGAUGAUGUUUUCCCUGGCCUCGUUAUCAAGAUUAAUCCUUUCGCUGCUACUCAUCAUAAGGAUCAUUAUUAUUGAUCACAAGGCAAACAAGUAAUAAUUAAUGUAGUAAUAUGCUCUCGGCAGCAAUUCAUGGAGAGUAGUUCACUUUGAGUUUUGUUAAUGACAUGAGUUGUCCUAAAGCAUGCCAGAUUAUCAUACCUAGCUUGUCUUUGACUCGCGCAAAUUUUAACAUUAUUGUAUUUUGUUUUCGGUUGUUUUUGCAUUGUUUUUUUCUCAUAUGUUUUCCUUUUGACUGUUUAGCACGUCAUGGCGGGACAA